CGUUGACAAAGCGCACACGCGCUACUGCGCAUGUGCCAUACGUGGUGCCCGAGCUGUCCCAUUGAAAUCGGUGGUCGGGAUCAGAGGGUGGACGAUCUGAAAGUUGGGGCAGAGGAGUCUGAUGCACCGGGAAGAGGCGGGGAGUGCGGAAUCUUUGUCGUAGGCCGGAGUCCGUCGCCAGCGUCGGGCAGUUGUCGUGUGUGAAGAUGGUUCGCUGUGUGUGUGGCAUGUUAUAUUUGGCGGUUCUGGUAGCGUUCGCCUCUUGCAAUGCGCCCCCGGUACCGUUAGACGACAUCAUCAUUGAGAAAACUUUCGUGCCGGAGCAAUGCGGGCGGGCGGUGAAAGUGGGCGACUACGUCAGGUACCACUACAACGGCGUGUUCCCCGAUGGGAAGAAAUUCGACUCUAGCUAUGACCGUGGGAGCACGUAUAACGUGUACGUGGGUAAGAAGCAGCUUAUUGAAGGGAUGGACAAAGCCCUGGUGGGAAUGUGUGUCAAUGAAAGGAGGCUGGUCAAGAUCCCCCCACAGCUUGCCUAUGGAAAACGGGGCUAUGGUGACAUUAUUCCCCCCGACUCCAUCCUUCACUUUGAUGUUCUGCUAUUGGAUGUGUGGAACCCGGAGGACGGCGUUCAGAUCAACACCUACCACAUGCCUCCGACCUGCUCGAGAAAGGUGGAGGUGUCCGACUACGUGCGCUACCACUACAAUGGGACCCUGUUGGACGGGACUCUCUUUGAUUCCAGCCACACCCGCCUCCGCACAUACGACACCUACAUUGGCAUUGGGUGGCUGAUUGCCGGCAUGGACCAGGGGCUGCUGGGAAUGUGUGUCGGGGAGAGACGCAUCAUCACUAUGCCCCCAUCACUUGGAUACGGGGAGAAUGGAGAUGGUAGCGACAUCCCGGGGCAGGCGUCUCUGGUGUUUGACGUGGUCCUGCUGGACCUCCACAACCCCAAAGAUAGCGUCAUGGUCACCAACCAGCAGGUGCCCGAGUCCUGCACCAGGAAGACCAUCGCCGGAGAUUUUGUGCGCUACCAUUAUAACGGUUCUCUCCUCGAUGGAACCUUCUUCGACUCCAGCUACUCACGUAACCGAACCUAUGACACAUAUGUGGGUCGGGGGUAUGUGAUCGCCGGCAUGGAUGAGGGGCUGAUCGGGGUCUGCAUCGGAGAGAAACGCACAAUCACCAUCCCCCCACAUCUUGGCUAUGGAGAAGAGGGCACAGGUACCAAAAUCCCAGGUUCAGCUGUGCUGGUGUUUGAUGUGUACAUCAUAGACUUCCACAACCCGUCGGACGGCACGGAAAUCACCGUGACCUAUAAGCCGGAGGUUUGUAACAAGGUCACCAAGAAGGGAGACUUUGUUAAAUACCACUACAACGCGACGCUGAUGGACGGCUCGCCCAUCGACUCCACGUAUAACUAUGGAAAGACAUACAACAUAGUCCUGGGAGCCAACCAAGUGGUACCGGGUAUGGAGGAUGGCAUGAAGGACAUGUGUAUUGGCGAGAAGAGACGCCUUAUCAUUCCUCCACAUCUGGGCUACGGCGAAAGAGGAGUUACUGACGAGGUUCCAGGAAGUGCAGUGCUGGUGUUUGACAUUGAGCUGAUGGAGAUGGAGGAGGGACUUCCUGAGGGCUACAUGUUCAUCUGGAAUGAGGAUGUAUCACCUGACCUCUUUAACGAGAUGGACGUGGACAAAAACCAACUGGUGGAGCCCUCUGAGUUUACCGACUACAUCAUGCGGCAGGUGAAUGAGGGGAAAGGUCGCCUGGCCCCCGGCUUUGACCCCUACCGCAUCAUCGAAAACAUGUUCUCCAAUCAGGAUCGGGACGGAGAUGGAAAGAUCACAGAGGCAGAGUUCAAACUUAAGGCGGAUGAGGCCGCCGCCCACGAUGAACUAUGACGGGGGAAGCGGGCGUGAAUCUUGGGUGGGUGUUGAGGGUGGUCGGCUGAGGGGUGAAAAAGUGGGGCAAAUCUAGAAUUUGAGGACAAGUUAUGUGGGUGGGAGGGUUGGCGGAUGGGGAGUUGAAUAGCAGAGGGAGACGGCGCAGGGUUAAAUUGUUAAGACUAAUUAUAGAAAAGAAACGUGCAUUAAAGACAGGUGCAAGGAUAGAGGAUUAGACAAGUGUUGUUACAACCCAGGCCGUCGCAGCAUUGAGGGGUUUUCUUGAUCCUAAAUUGUCGAGCAAGUCGGAGAAAAACGAAACUGAAGAGGGAAGACUCGUAGACGAAUCAAGGGUGGAAAGGUGACGACGUGCAGAAGUCCAAGGGGUCAUUAGAAAGAAGAAGAAAAAACAACACCCAAUCCAAGGACAAUACUAAGUAUGAUUGAUUUGACUUCUGUUUACCUCCUCACACGUAGAACGCUUUGUUUUGUUUCGGGUUUUCUGACAUUUUUAUAUCAGAGAGGGCCAAAGCACCUUCUCUGAGGCACUCCUAUCUAAGAGGACCAAACUAAGUCCAUGCUCUCUGUGCUUGUUACACUCCGCGGGUCAUUUGUCUCUUUUAACUUCUUUCGUUUUCACCGUUUAUGUGUUUUUAAAACGUCACACUCCCUCAUCUUAUCAUGUCCAAAACAGAAAGUGUCCCCCAUUCUCCCUGGGAAGCGAUGACAUAACCGUGGGAACGUAUUUCAUCUGUAAGAUGACGAUAAGAAGGUUGGUGGUGGUGGUGGUGGUUGUGAAACCAAAUUAAGCCGAAUUUAUUACUGAAGAAAAGCCAAGGGGUAUGACGUAUGGGCCCAUUUCACCCAGUUAUCUCACUUCAACCACCACCAAUGUGUAGCACCGCCUGGGUGAUGCACGGCAGCUAUUUUGCGCCAGAAUGCUCACCACACAUCAGCUUGAGGGGGAGAGGGAGGAACCAUUGAGCCAAUUACAUGGGGGGGGGGGACGAUUACAAUGACCAUGAAAAUGGUCUUGAAAAGCCAUUUCAAGUAGUACAAGUGGUACAUGAAACCUGUUUCAUUAUGGUCACAUGCGUGUUAUUUUACAUAUCAGUUGGGCUGUUCAUCGUGAAAAUCAUUUCACUCCAUCAGAAAAAGUAAGCGUCUCAUAUCACCCGUCUUCCCGUGGCCUGACUAGUUCAGUAUUGCUCUCAGCCGGUGUGGGACGACCAGUUUCAUUUCACGGGUUCCAGUUCCUCUCCGAACACUACAUCACAGAUGAUCAGUAUAUCCGUUUAUUUCAGCAAUGGAAUAAACGGCACAGAGCGCAAACUCCAUAUUUUGUGCACAAGUUAGGGUUAAGAUGUUCAGGCCAAUCACAGCUGAAGCUUUCAUGAAUUUCUCUUCCAUGGUUUCAACGCUUUCUGUGUUUCCUGCUGUCACAGCCAGCUGCAUAGGGUGCACACCAGACACUGAAAUCCAUAAAAUCCUUAAAUGACGUAUCCGCUCAGGUUUUGAAAUGUUCUCGGUUUUCCUAGUUCAUGCAUUUGUCUCUUCACCUUUUGACCGUGACCCCAAUUUAGGAUUUUUUUUUAAUGUUCGAGUGCGUUUAUGUUUAUGUGUGGUGUGUGAGAGAGCGCGAUAAGAGAGAAGUUGUUUGUUUUUUUACUUUUUUCAUGCACAAGAAUACUGAAGCUCAAUGGUGAUGAUGUCAUUGCAUAUGUUUAAUUUCAUUAAAUGUCCAGACCCACAUAGAC